CUCACCGAGAAGUACCAGAUGGUCGCGAAUGAGUGCAACGACAUCUACAAGGAAUGCCAGCAGCUCGAGAGCCAGCUCAGGGUCGCAGCGAAGGCAGCGGCCCAACAGGCUGGAGGUGCAGAUGGUGCAGCACAUGGGGCAUCAUCAGACACGCUCGAGGAUUAUAUCAUGGCGAAGCUCCCGCCUGGCGCGGAGAUCAGCCCCGACUUCAAGCAGAAGGUCAACGCCAUGGCCACGGAGCUCGACGCCGAGUACAAUCGGAUGGCCCAGGACAAGCACCACCAGCACCAGCAGCUGAACCAGCAGCUGGUCACCAACCAGCCCCUGAAGGCGCAGCCGCAGUCGCAGCUCCCAGCGGAGAGGGCAUCCCUGCAG